AUGGAUGAUGAUAUGGAGGGUGGUAACUUGGGGCCUUACCAAGAAAGGGCAAGGGUAUUCCCUAACAUGCGGGCUAAACCAUAUACGCCCUUGAUCUUUCGCCUCCUCAUGAGAAUAAAUAUUCGUGUUCUUUUUGUGCUUAUGCUCUUGGGAUUUGGAGCUAUCUUUUAUAUUGGUGCAAGUACCUCGCCGAUCAUUGUAUUUGUCUUCUCGGUUUGCAUAAUCAGUUUUUUACUGGCAAUAUAUCUUACUAAGUGGGUCCUUGCGAAGGAUGAGGGACCUCCUGAGAUGGUCCAGAUAUCAGAUGCUAUACGUGAUGGGGCUGAAGGUUUCUUUAGAACUCAGUAUGGAACUAUCUCAAAGAUGGCUGUGCUUCUAGGGUUGGUGAUCCUCAGCAUAUACCUGUUUCGCGGUAAAACGCCUCAACAAGAAUCUUCUGGCCUAGGGAGGUCAACGUCGGCAUUUAUUACUGUCGCUGCUUUUCUUCUUGGGGCCUUGUGUUCUGGUAUUGCUGGUUAUGUGGGGAUGUGGGUAUCUGUUCGUGCAAAUGUAAGAGUCUCAAGUGCUGCAAGGCGAUCAGCAAGGGAGGCAUUGCAGAUAGCUGUUCGUGCUGGUGGUUUCUCUGCCCUGGUAGUUGUUGGUAUGGCUGUCGUUGGUAUUGCUAUACUUUAUGCCACUUUUUAUGUUUGGUUGGGGGUAGAUUCACCAGGUGCAAUGAAGGUUACUGACUUGCCUCUUCUUCUCGUUGGAUAUGGUUUUGGAGCUUCAUUUGUUGCCCUUUUUGCUCAAUUGGGUGGUGGAAUAUAUACUAAAGCAGCUGAUGUUGGAGCUGAUCUUGUUGGAAAAGUAGAGCAGGGAAUUCCUGAAGAUGAUCCUCGCAAUCCUGCUGUCAUUGCGGAUUUGGUUGGAGACAAUGUUGGCGACUGUGCAGCACGGGGUGCUGAUUUGUUUGAAAGUAUUGCCGCAGAAAUUAUCAGUGCAAUGAUAUUAGGUGGAACAAUGGCACAACGCUGCAAACUUGAAGAUCCGUCGGGCUUCAUUUUGUUCCCCCUAGUUGUUCACUCAUUUGAUCUGGUGAUAUCUUCUGUUGGAAUAUUUUCUAUUCGGAACACAUAUGACUCUGGAGUUCUUGGUGAUGUAGAGGAUCCAAUGUUGAUUCUUCAGAAAGGAUAUUCUGUGACAAUUGUUUUAGCUGUUCUGACAUUUGGUUUGUCUACGCGCUGGAUGCUAUACACUGAACAAGCACCUUCUGCUUGGUUGAACUUCGCUUUAUGUGGUUUGGUUGGGAUUAUAACAGCAUAUCUUUUUGUCUGGAUCACACAGUAUUACACUGACUACAAGCAUGAGCCUGUACGCAUGUUAGCUCUUUCUAGCUCCACUGGGCAUGGAACUAAUAUAAUUGCUGGCGUCAGUUUGGGACUGGAGUCGACAGCUCUUCCUGUCCUUGUGAUAAGCAUAGCAAUUGUUUCAGCUUACUGGCUGGGUCAAACUUCCGGGCUGGUGGAUGAGUCUGGAAGCCCAACUGGUGGGUUGUUUGGGACAGCCGUUGCAACUAUGGGAAUGCUCAGUACGGCAGCAUAUGUGCUCACCAUGGACAUGUUUGGUCCAAUAGCUGAUAAUGCAGGUGGGAUUGUUGAAAUGAGUCAGCAGCCUGAAAGUGUUCGAGAGAUCACCGAUGUUCUUGAUGCUGUUGGAAAUACUACAAAAGCUACAACCAAGGGAUUUGCCAUCGGAUCUGCAGCCCUUGCAUCAUUUCUUCUAUUUAGUGCUUAUAUGGAUGAGGUAGCUACGUUUGCACAUGUACCCUUUAAUCAGGUUGACAUCGCCAUCCCUGAAGUGUUUGUUGGUGGACUACUGGGCUCCAUGCUUAUAUUUCUUUUUAGUGCAUGGGCUUGUUCUGCAGUGGGUCGAACUGCUCAGGAGGUUGUUAAGGAAGUAAGAAGACAGUUCAUUGAGAGGCCAGGCAUCAUGGAUUACAAGGAGAAACCAGAUUAUGGUCGAUGUGUAUCUAUCGUUGCAUCUGCUUCGUUGAGGGAGAUGAUAAAGCCUGGGGCAUUGGCCAUCAUAUCACCCAUUGUUGUUGGUUUGGUGUUUCGGGUGCUGGGAUAUUAUACAGGGCAUCCAUUACUUGGAGCCAAAGUGGUGGCUUCCAUGUUAAUGUUCGCCACUGUUUCUGGUAUUCUCAUGGCUCUUUUCCUGAACACUGCUGGAGGCGCCUGGGAUAAUGCAAAGAAGUACAUUGAAACGGGCGCUCUUGGUGGCAAAGGCAGUGACUCCCACAAAGCAGCAGUCACCGGUGACACGGUAGGAGAUCCAUUCAAAGACACUGCUGGACCAUCCCUUCAUGUACUUAUCAAAAUGCUUGCAACAAUAACCCUUGUCAUGGCUCCUAUCUUUUUGUGA